AUGCAGAAUAAUCCAGAUGGUGAGCUCAACGCAGUGAAGAAGAGGUUGGUUUUAAAUGAUGAUGCAGGACUGUUAGUUGCAGAGAACCAUGAAGUUCUAGAAGGGAAGCACAAACUAACGGCAAUAAUCGAGGAGGAGGUUAGAGACAUCAUGGCUCCCAAAACUUCAGCAAAUGAUGAUCUGGAGAUGACUGUUGCGGUGCAUGAGUGUGAACUGACAGUAGAUAAGGUGGACGACAUUGUUGCUAUUGGAACAAUUAUUCAAGUGAAUGUUGCAUCAAGCAAUCAGCUGAUACAUGGUGUUCCAUUGGGAAAGGACAAUAUGCGCGUCUCAGUUGUUCGAGCCAUUGUUGAUGAUGCCCUGCUACCUAUUCCAGUGAAGGAUGAGAUUGUCACUGUCAGCGACGCCAUUGUUGUUAUGGAUACUAGCUAUGUUGUCAAGUUUAUUUAUUCUGGUGAAGCAGCGACAGUUCCAUUGUUGCAUAAUUGGUCGUUUGUUGACCUAUGCAAAUCAAUACGCUCUCGUUUUCCGGAUUUGAUUCAAGGAAAUUUCAUGUUGAGGUACAUUAUUCCUCCGGAUUCUAGUUCAUGUUUUCUAGAGAGUGAAGUUGAUAUGAGAAUGAUUUUUAGGAAUUUGGUUCGUUACAAUUCUGAUUUCGUUGAAGUGUUUGUGACUGAUUUGCCUUCUAUUAGUGAAAGCGUGGUGAGUAAUACAGUAAAUGAGGAUUCUAGUACCAUGCUUGAGGAGAAUGAUUAUUUGGGGUGUUAUAGGGCAGAGGCACCGAAGAGUUAUAUGACGAAAGGUUGGGAGAGUUAUAUUCAUUCUGAAGGCCAAAAGUUUGAGGGUGGGGUUGUUGAGUUUAGAGAUAAGCUGUGUAAGUAUGCCAUAGAAAUUGGUUUUUCAUAUGAGUUUGUUAGAAAUGACAAGGUUCGUGUUAUUGCUCAGUGUUCUAAGAAACAUUCUCAGGGCUGCAAUUGGCUUGUGAAGGCUUAUUUAUGCAGGGUUAAUGGUUUCUUUAUGAUUAAAAGGUUGGUUAAUGUUCACACUUGUCAUGGUGUGAUUCGUUUGCAGAAGAGUAAGAUGAUGGGAUCCAAGGUUGUCAAGUCUAUUGUGCUUGAUAAGAUUCGUGCGAAUCCAAACAAAAAGCCAAUUGAUAUAGCUGAUGAGAUCAAGAGUGAUUAUGGUUUGGAUGUUCCUUAUCGUACAGUUUGGUAUGGUACGGAGUUGGCAAAAACAGCCCUGCAUGGUGAUGAAGCUGAGUCUUAUGCUCAGCUACUUUGGUUCAGUGAGUCUGUUAUGAAGUCAAACCCCGACUCUAGGAUAGUGGUUGAGUUUCAUCGAGAAACACACAGGUUUCAGCGCAUGUUUGUGACCUAUGGUGCAUGGAUGAAGGGUUUUCAAUUUUGUAGACCUAUUCUUUUCAUUGAUGCUACAUUCAUUACCAAUAAGUACAAGGGGCAGAUUAUUGCUGCAUCGGCAAAGGAUGCCAAUCAAGUUGCUUAUGCUAUUGUGGAUUCAGAAAAUGAGAGUAAUUGGAGAUUUUUUCUUGAGGUUUUGGCUGAAGAGUUUGCAAAACACCCUAUGAGGAGGGUGACAUUCAUUUCUGAUCGUCAUGUUGGGCUUGUUAGUGCCUUCCCUAGGGUGUUUCCCAAUAAUCCACAUGGGUUUUGUUUUAGACAUCUGAUGGCUAACCUUUCUGACAAAUUUCCAGCUGGUUCUUACCUUAAGGAUCGGAUUCCUUACUUGUUUAUGUGUUGUGCUUAUUCUCGCACACCGGAGAUGUAUGAGUUCAACAUGGAAAUCUUGAGGAGUGAAGGUGGCGACAUAGUUGCUCAAUUUCUGGAGGAUCUUCCCAAGGAGAACUGGUGUAUGGCUUACUUUAACGGUGAAAGAUUUGGUGAAAUGACAAAUAACUUGGCUGAGUCUUUCAAUAAUUGGGUGUUGCCUUUGAAGAGUCUUCCUAUUCUUGAUAUUAAUGAUGGAUUAGAGUGA